AUGCCUCUACACCUCCUCGGCAAAAAGUCAUGGAACGUCUACAACACAGCCAACAUUGCGCGGGUGCGCGCCGACGAGGAAGCGGCCGCGCGCGCCGAAGAGGCCGAGGAGCAGCGGAUGCAGGAGCGGGACGCGGCGCGGCGCAUGGCGAUACUGAGGGGUGAGCAAGACCCGACGGCCACGACGACGCCUACAACAGCCGACGUCGCAACGCCGGCACGGCGUACCGCCAAAAAUCACAACGGCGACGACGGCAGCGAGCGCGAUGAGGACGACUGGAUGCCAUCGGCGGCGAGGAGCGAGACCAGCACCACGGCGGUCGUGGGCCGCAAGAGCAGGAGGCAUCGGAAGCGGCACGGCGAGGACGACACGGACUUUGAGAUGCGGCUGGCGAGGGAGGCGGCGGACCGCGGCGUGGCCAUGCGCGAGAGGCUGGGCAGGGACGGCCGGCGGGGCGGCGGUGCGAUCGUGGAUGACAAGGGCCAUAUCGAUCUGUUUGGCGGUGCCGCCACUGCUGCCGCCGCCGUGCAAGGAUCGCGGGGUAGGGACGCCGGGGAGGCGGCGGAGGGUGCGGGAGGGAUGCGCUUCGCUGACGCGGCGGGCCGUGGCAAGAGUGCCCGGUCGGCGCCGUGGUACUCCUUCGCUUGGAAGAGAAAGCCGGCCGCGCCGGACGAAGCCGUCAACGUCGAGCAAGGGCUCCCCGAGGCCCAGGCGCAGAACCGAUUCGGAGAGGACGACGACCCCGCGAGGAGGGUCCGCGCCGCGGCCAGGAUCGUGGCGGAUGACCCUCUCGCCAUGAUGAAGAGCGGGGCCAAGAGGGCUCGAGACGUGGACAAGGAAAGGAGGCGGGAGAGGGAGGAGAGGGAGAAGGAGGUGGAUGACCUGAUCCGGGAGGAGAGGAGACGGGCGAAGCGCAAGAGGCGGGAUGAAGAGGGGAGGCGGGGACAUCAUCGCUCUGGGGAGAAGCGGCAUCGGAGUGAUGGCGAGGAGGAGAGGGAUAGGCGGCACCGUCAUCGUCGCGAAGAUGAACGCAGGGGAGGCUAUCGGCGCGAGGAUGGUCACAGGGAUAGGAAACACCGGGACGGCGAUGAUCGAAGGAGAAGGGAUCGCAGCAAGGAGAGGCGUCGCAGUCGAUCGCCGCCGAGGGAAAAGGAAAGAACUCGGAGCGACAGGAGACACCGCAAGGAGGACGAUCGAUGA